AUGGCGUCGCCUGCAAGACUCCUCGGAAGGCUUGCGACCAAAUCACCGAGCGAUAUUGUGCUGCUUUCUGCUGUACGAAGUCCAAUUACAAGAUCCUUCAAAGGUGGAUUCAAGGAUGCUUGGCCAGAAGAUAUACUCAUGCCGGUGAUGAGAGCAGCAGUGACACGUGCCGGCAUUGAACCUGGCGAUGUUCAAGACGUGCUCAUCGGCAAUGUCCUGGCGGAGCUGGGAUUUGCGAAAACAGGCCGCAUGGCUUUGAAUCACGCCGGUUUCCCUGUUACCACCACAUUUCACACCGUCAACAGACAAUGCUCGAGCAGCUUGCAGGCCAUUACCCAUAUAUCGCACGCUAUCCUGGUCGGACAGAUCGACGUGGGGCUUGCAGGAGGCGUUGAAAGUAUGACGCGAAACUAUGGAAGUCGAGGUGUUCCCAUUGAUGUGUCACCGACACUCAAGAGUUCGAAUGUCAAAAGCGCGGUCGACUGCCUUAUGCCCAUGGGAAUUACCUCCGAAAACGUGGCUAGCAGAUGCAAUGUAUCCCGAAAUGAUCAGGAUGAAUUCGCCCUCUUGAGCCAUACACGAGCUCUAGAAGCCCAGCAGUCGGGCAAAUUCUCUUCGGAGGUAAUCCCCGUUGAAUGGACAAGAACCGACGAUGUUACAGGCGCACAGACAACAUUGAGGGUGGACAAAGAUGACACCAUUAGACCUGGUGUGACUCUGGAGAAACUUGCGAAACUCAAACCCGCAUUCUCUGAUGAGGGCAGAAGCACAGCUGGAAACUCGUCACAAAUAUCGGAUGGAGCCUCAUCGUGUAUUCUGGCACGUCGAUCUUGGGCAGAAGACCGUGGUAUCAAAUCCAUAGGGCGCUUCCUCGGCACAACGGUAUCCGGCUGCGAACCCGAUGAGAUGGGCCUGGGCCCCAUCUAUGCAAUUCCUGCGCUCUACAAAUUUACCGGGAUCUCCCAGAAAGACGUCGAUAUUUUUGAGAUCAACGAGGCUUUUGCCAGCCAGACUAUUGCUUGCCUUCGUGCGCUGGGCAUUGAGGUCGAAAAAGUAAACCCCAGAGGCGGCGCGAUUGCGUUGGGCCAUCCAACCGGGGCCACUGGAGCACGGCAGACUGCCACUCUAUUUGCUCAGCUGGAGCAAGAGGACAAGGAGUUUGGCAUUGUGAGCAUGUGUGCCAGGUAA